AUGUUAGCCUAUGUACUGGUGACUGUCGAGAACAUCAUUCGGAUAAACAUACACACGCGCUGCCACCUUGACCUUCGCAUUCACCUUGUUCCAAAGUUUGUUUUGCUGCUGCUGCUCUUUCAAGAUGAAGGAAGUCGCGAUGGUGAGGGUGCCAGUGAAGAUGUUACUCUUGCGGAGGUCGGCAAGCUCGGGGAUUUAUGGCAUAUUAAAGAAAAAAGGAUCACAUGUGUUCGGACCCCAUUCAGCAAGCUCGCUAAUCUGGCCGCCAGACGGAGGGUUGGUGUCGUUGAUGAAGAUGGCCUUGGAAAACUCGGCGCUGGUUGGGAGGAAGAGCGGUAUUAG